AUGUCACCGCCACAGAGAUUGUUGAGAUUGCAGUUGCAAAGGCUUCCAAAUUUUAAUAAUUCUUUUUACAAAUUUCUUGUUCUUGUAUGGGUUUAUUACAAUAUUGAGAAGACAUUGUUUGAUGAUGAUUCUACAGUAACGUCCAAUAAUAUCAAAAUGCAAGAUACCGAACAUACAAAUGAAUGGGUUAAUUUGAUUGAAGAAGUUGUGGAUAAAGAGCAUUUUAAGUCAUAUGAAUACAAACAAUUUAAUAAUAUUCAACAUAUUGGUACUGGAGAAUUUGGAAACGUAUAUCAUGCAAAUUGGAAAAAUUCAGGAGAGCAAUUUGCGUUAAAAUCUUUUUUUAGUCUUAAUAAAAUCACUGUGAAAGAAAUCGUUCGUGAGUUAAAAAUUCAACAUGAAGUUAAUUUUCAUGAUAACUUUAUUCGUUGCUAUGGAAUAACAAAACUCGAGUCAGAUAAUCAUAAUGAUUAUUGGUUAGUAAUGGAAUACGCCAACGGUGGUAGCCUUAGAAAUUAUUUGAAGGAAAAUUUUAACAAGCUUACUUGGAAUGACAAAUAUAAUAUAGCAUACCAGUUAUCUUGUGCUGUAUCAUGCUUAUAUAACGAAGGAAUAUUGCAUAAUGAUCUGCGCUCCUGUAAUAUACUUGUCCGUGAUGAUACAAUCAAAUUAGCAGAUUUUGGAUUAUCUAAAAGAAUUGGAGCAUCAUCCAAUUUUCAAUCUAAAUUAUUUGAAGUGGUUCCUUAUGUUGAUCCAAAAAGUUUUAGUAGACUGAGGAAUAACAACCAAUCAACACAAGUAUACUCAUUAAAUGAAAAAAGUGAUAUUUACAGUUUAGGCGUAUUAUUAUGGGAGAUUUCUAGUGGACAACCUCCUUUUUAUGUUGAAGGUAAACAAUAUGAUAUUGGUUUAGCUUUGGAAAUUUCACAAGGUCUUAGAGAAACUAUUGUUACUGAUACUCCUGAUGAGUAUGUUAAAAUUUAUACCAAAUGUUGGGAUGGUGAGCCUGGUAAUCGUCCAACAAUAUAUCAAGUAGUUGAUUGGCUAAAUGACAUAAUUACAAAAACAGAUGCAAUAAUUAUAGGACAAAGCUUAUUUGUAAAAAAAGAUAAUAAAUAA